AAUUUAUAAGCAAAUUUUUCCUUUAAACCCUAGCAUCUUCACCUAAACCCUAAACUCCUCCUCCUCCUCCUCCUCCACAGUUUUCUCAACUCGCGGCUGCCAUGGCAACAGAAACUGUGAACCCAAAAGCAUACCCACUUGCUGAUUCGCAGCUAACAACGACUAUAAUGGAUUUGGUUCAACAAGCUGCUAAUUAUAAGCAGCUUAAAAAGGGUGCUAAUGAAGCUACGAAGACACUUAACAGAGGAAUUUCAGAAUUUGUUGUCAUGGCCGCAGAUACUGAGCCCCUUGAAAUCCUUCUUCACCUUCCACUCCUUGCAGAAGAUAAGAAUGUGCCCUAUGUCUUUGUCCCUUCAAAGCAAGCUCUUGGCCGAGCAUGUGGUGUUACCCGUCCUGUGAUUGCUUGUUCAGUGACAAGCAAUGAGGGAAGCCAGUUGAAAUCUCAAAUACAGCAACUAAAGGAUGCCAUUGAGAAGCUCCUCAUCUAAAUGUUGACCCUUUGCAGCAUGAUGGGCCUCAACUUCACUUUUGAGGCUUGGACUGAAGUAGUUGUCCUGUUGGCACUUUUUUAUCCUUGUUUCCUUUUUGUUCUUGAAUUUUACAAUUAAUGUUCCAAGAGUACCGAUAGAUGCAUGAAAAUUUAAUAUCUGGUUAACAUUAUAGUUAAGCCUGAGUUUUAUUAUGUCGUGUAUCUAUGUUUAAUGUAAUUCAAGUUUUGCUCUGA